GCAUGCUCAAUGCAUUGGUGCAUUCUUUUCUAUCUAGCUGGUUCAUGAACUAGAGGUCGUGUUUUCGCUCCUUCAGCUUCCAUCCCAUGCCUCUACAGCUGCCACUCGCUUGACCAACUUCGAACAUUCUUUAUAUUAGCCACACCAUGCGCAACAGCUUCAGCCUUUUUCUCCUCACGCUGGCAGCAGGACCAGCAUGGGCAGCCAUCGCCACCCCGCCGUCCUGCAGCGCCACCCAGCUCUGCCCGGAGGAAUACCCCUGCUGCAUCGGCGGCACCUGCGGCACAGGCACCUACUGCCUAGGCGGCUGCGAGCCGCUGCUCUCGUACUCGCUAAACGCCUGCACCCCGAAGCCCGUCGGCCACAAUCAGACCUACACCUGGCCAAACCUCAACCGCACGAUCGCCAACGGCAAGUACCUGGGCAACGCGUCCGCCGCAGAUUGGGAAACCAGCGGCACGCCCAAGCUCUCAGACGGGCACGUCAUCCUGACCAUGCCCAAGGACACAGGCGGCAGCCUGCUGUCCAGCACGCAGUACAUCUGGUACGGGAAGGUGGGCGCGGACAUCAAGAGCAGCCGGGGGGCAGGGGUAGUGACGGCGUUCAUCCUGAUGUCGGACGUGAAGGACGAGAUCGAUUUCGAGUGGGUGGGCUCUGAGCUGGGGGAAGUGCAGACGAAUUUCUAUUUCCAGGGCGUGACCAACUACACCAACGGCGGCAAAACCCCCAUCCCAGACGGAAACAGCUACACAACCUGGCACCGCUACGAAAUCGACUGGACGCCGUCCGCCAUUCACUGGUCCGUCGACGGCACGGUUGUUCGCACCCUGCUUAAAGCCUCAACCUGGAACGCCACCGCGAAGCGCUACGAGUACCCGCAGACGCCCUCCAGGCUACAAAUCUCCCUGUGGCCGGGUGGUCGCGCCGGCGCCGCCCAGGGGACCAUCGACUGGGCCGGCGGGAAUGUCGAUUGGGACUCUACCGAUAUUCGCGAGCAGGGGUACUACGCCGCUGAGUUUGCCAAUAUCACUGUGCAGAGCUAUGCGCCGCCGGAGGGUUCCGGGUCUGGAAACCGGUCGUAUGUGUAUGUUGAUCGGGAGGGGUUGGAGGGCUCGGUAAAGAUUACAGAUAAGGGGAUUGUCUUGGCGGAUUUGGGGAGGACGGGGUUGAAUACCGGGGUUGAUGAGGGUUCUGAGUCGGGGGCGCAAGGGGGUGAAGGGGGUGGUAAGAUGGUGAACAAGGUGUAUUAA